UUUAAUUUAUCUUUAGAUUUGUCACAAUUAUUGUAAAAAAAAAUUAAUGUCCUUAAUUAUCGAUUUUCUCCAAGCACUUAUAACGUAUCGACAACAAACCGUUACUAUGGUUACUUUCCUUAUUUUGGAGGAAUUACGAAGGAAUACGCUAGUUAUUAAACUGUUUCUAGUGAGACGAAUAUAUUUAAAUAUGUGUUCUAAUUACGAUAUAAUAAGAUUCAAAUCGAAUGAAAAGUCGGUAGAAUGAGUCGAUCAACCGAAAGAAUUCCAAAACGAUGGAAUAUCUCGGAAAUUCCACGCAGGAACGAAUCAAGCAGUACCGAGGAGGAGUCUUCGUCACCUACCGAUAGCACUCGGUAUUCACCGUAUCUCCAAAAUACUAGCACACCCCUUAAAACUAGAUGGAAAAAUUUAGAAGAAAACAAAAAGUCUCGAAGAGGACAAGAAAAAUUUGAAGAUAUCGAAAAAGCAUCUUCUAACAAAAAAAAAUUAGAAAGAUUUCAGAAACAUAGAAAACAUGUUGGUCGAAGAAAACAGGACAACCAUGAAAGAGUUAUUGAAAAGCAAAAAGAAGAACACAAUCGACGUGAUAAACGAAAACAUGAAUAUUCUGAGGAUUUUGGGGAAAAGGAACAAAAGGAGUUUGAUUCGGAGUCCUCGGAUAAAAAUUAUAGUGAAAGUAAUUUGGAGAAAUCGAAAAGAAAAAAACAUAAUUUUACAGGUAAAAGAGAUAAUGAAUUGCCGAUUACAGAAAUCUUAAGAAGAUCGCAAGAAAAUACACAAAAUACAUAUGAAGAGCAAGCGUCAUUUCCUGUAUUAAAUACAGAUAAAGUUUAUGUACAGUAUAGAGGUGGUUUCACUACUAUGAAAAUGAAUCCAUCAAAAGAUCUUUCCAAGAAUUCUUCUAAUAUUAAAAAUAUCGAAAAAGAUGCUAGUGAUACUAUUGAUAAUCAAAGUUCUCCACCUAUAAAAAUAGCUAUUACUGUUCAACAAUUUUGGAAAAGAGCAGGUCUUUUAUGUCAAGGUCUUUUAGCUGGUACAGCAUUAAUGCAUUUUAUAACGUUAUGCACAGUUUUUAGUAAUUCCAUGGAAUUUAUUGUAAAAUAUUCAAGAUAUUCCGAAAUUUACACAAAUAAUUUCUCAAUUCUUAUCGCUUUAUCCAUUGUGGCAACAUUUGAUAAAUUUGAUUUGGCACGAUUCGAUAUAGAGCAUCUACGUGAGCUUUAUUUCGACUAUAAUAAAGCAAUAAUCGCAGUUCCUUUGUAUCUGACCAUUUUUUGCCUUCAUCAAGUUUGUGCAAAGAUUGACAAUAAAUUAAGUUUAAUCCAUUAUUACAAUUCCAACAACAUUUCUAUGCAAAACGUCACUAAUAUUCAAUCUCUUCUGGACGAAUUGAAUAAUUGGCAAAAGAUAUCCAUCUCGAAAGACGUACUUGCAAUGUUUGCAUGGUUAUUUGUUGCUCUUGGUACCAGGGACGAUUCAUUUUUAAUAUAUCUACAAUCAAUGAAAAAAUAUGCAAAUGAUAUUGAGACCUCUGGAUAACAAAUCAAUUUCUUUAGAAUAGAUAACUUAAUUUAUAUUAUCAUCAUAUGGCAUAAGGAUAACAAAUAAUAGAAUAAAGAUAGAGAUAAAGUAAAACUAUGGAAAUCAGCAUUAUCAUCAGAGUAGUGCAAAUAAUAAAUAAUAGCAAACAAUGAUAAAAAGAUAGAUAUAGAAUAAGAAUUGAUCAUCGACGCCAUCUUUUGAGUAUCAAAAACAUUUCUUCAAAAGGAGGAUAAGAUAGUACAAAGUUGAAAAUCGAUGCCUCUUCUAGAAAUUCUAGAAAUAUUUUUAGAAAUAUUUUUUGAAAAGAUAUUUUUAAUAUUUAAAAAAUGACGAAUAAUUCUUACUCUAUUUCUAUUUUUCUUCUGCUAUUUUCUAUCCUUGAUUAAUUAGUUUUAUUUACAGGACUCUGAAAAUGACGUUGAUUCCUAUAUAUUUUUAUUUUCUAUCUUUUUUUUAUUUUUAUUUUUUUUUGCUGUUGUAUUUGCGUAUUUGUUGCGCAUUUAUGUGUUCAAAAGAUCUCUUCAAUAUCUGAUUAACAAUCGAAUUGGCGUAAUUUUAAAUUCAUGAAUAAUUCAACUGUCUGUUUAUCAUAUAACAAAAAAUGAAUACAAUCCCAUAUAUUGUAUAAAAAUAUUUAUGAAAAGAUGUUAAAGAAAUUAUUUUUAAAAUAUAUAGAAUACUUUACCAUUACUUUACCAUUUUUCUGAUAGAAUUGUAUAUAAUUCUUAACUUCUCUAACAUGUAAAAUGUUUUGAUCAGCAUUUCAGAACAUAGGAUAUGAAAUUCUAUUUAUUGUUAGAUAUAUCCUCGUAUCUCAUCUAUAUUAUCAUUCUAUUUAUU